AUGUCCUUGUUCAUUAUUGAUUCCAACGAGUCCCACCCCUCAAACAUCACCACAAUCAUCGGAGUCACUUACGACGAUGGUGUCAUUCUUGGUUCCACUAACACAAUCACACAGUUAACUGCUAAUGUCAUGUUGUGUAAUUAUGCAUUAGAAACAAAAAUCGUUUUUGAAGAUGCUCGCAAUUUUAUUCUUGAUCAAGAAAGUACUAUGGUCGCAGCUGAGACUAUAGGUACGAUGUUGUCCGCAUAUAAUUACAACAAUAAAAACAUGCUACAAACCGGGCUUAUUAUUGGUGGAGGAAGUAAACUAUAUGAGAUAUGUUAUGGUGGAAUGGUUAUGGAGAAGUCUAAUUUUGCUGUUCGUGGAUAUGAGGUUACUUAUUUGCGCGAUUUCUUGGAGAACGAAUGGAAGAAAGGGAUGAACGAAAAAGAAGCUGAAAAAUUGUUGUUGAAGGCAUUGUCAAUGAAUUUUUCAUUAAGUGGUGUUAGCACUUGUGGUGUUCAAACUACGAGUGUAAACUCGAAGGGGGUCACAAGAGCUUUUCACCCUUACGACACACUACUUCUUAUUAGGCAAGACGAGAUGGAAUUGGAACAUGUGAAGUAG